AAAUCUGUUUCUGUCAUGAAAAGUUUUUCUCUUUCAACUUUCAAGAUAAUACAUCGACUCCGAACUGGAAAUGAAAAUGAUGAAUUACAUCACUCUGGAUGGAAUGUAUGUUCGAGCUGUCAUUCGACAUCACCUUGUUCCAAUACAGCCGUAAGGGAUAAACUUGUGUUGCCCGCUUUGGGAUCAGAUAGAGUUUACAUCGUAGACGUUGGAAAAAAUCCAAGGGAACCAUCAUUUCAUAAGGUUAUAGAAUCUUUUGAAAUGGUAAAUUUUGACUGUAGAACACCACACACCGCUCAUUGCUUGGCAUCUGGAGAAAUUAUGAUUUCAACAAUGGGAGACCGAAACGAAGAAGCAAAAUGUGAUUUUAUACUCAUAGAUGGUAAAACUUUCAAAACAAAAGGGACUUGGAUUAAAGGAGACAAAAAACCAAAAUUCAACUACGACUUCUGGUAUCAACCUUAUUUUGAUGUUAUGGUAUCCACUGAAUGGGGAGUACCUAAACUCUUUAAAAAGGGCUACAAUCCUACAGAGGCAGCAAACUCAGACACAUAUGGCAGGAGUUUGAACUUUUUUUCAUGGAGUAAACGGGAACUUAUACAGUCCAUCAAUCUAGGUGAAGAAGGUAUUGCCCCACUGGAAAUCAGGUUUCUGCAUAACCCGAAGGAACCACAAGGUUAUGUAGGAUGCGCAGUGAACGGAAACAUUUUCAGAUUUUAUCUCAAAGAUGAUGGCACUUGGGCUGCUGAUAAAGUUAUAAAUGUUCCUCAUAAAAAAGUUUCUGGAUGGGCAGGAGGCUAUCUUUCAGGAAUGAUCACAGAUAUUCUGAUUUCUCUGGAUGACAAAUAUUUAUAUUUUAACAAUUGGCUUCAAGGAGAUGUAAGACAGUAUGAUAUAACGGACAGAGCUAAUCCAAAGUUGACAGGACAAAUAUUUUUGGGAGGAAAACUCCUGAGUGAAGUUCCACAACUCACCGAACCACCAAAACCAGUUUAUAUCAAAGGAAAACGAUUUUAUGGUGGUCCUCAGAUGCUUCAAUUAUCACUUGAUGGUAAAAGGUUGUAUGUAUCCUGCAGCGUUUUGUCACCCUGGGACCGUCAGUUUUAUCCAGAGAUGGUACAAAAUGGAGGAAAAAUGGUUAGAAUUGAUAUUGAUACAGAAAAUGGCGGUAUGAAAUUGAAUGAAGACUUCUUGGUUGAUUUUGGAGAAGGGCCGGACGGCCCACUGUUGCCCCAUGAAAUGAGGUACCCUGGUGGAGACUGUACAUCCGAUAUCUGGUUAGCGGAACACUAAUGAAUUUUGAAUUUACAUACUGAAUAUUAUAUUGCAAUAAAGAAAUCCUGAAGAAAAUA